GAGCCGAUUUGCAUGCGGCCGCCGCGGCCGCUGCCUGCGCCCGAGCCCGCCGCCGCCGCCGGAGCCCGCGCCCGCGCCCGGCCCGCGCAGCCCCAUGCCUCUGGCGCGGCCCUCGGGGGGGCGAAGGUGAAGACCGGCUCCUAGGAUGAGUGAAGGGGCGGCUGCUGCCUCGCCACCUGGUGCCGCUUCGGCAGCCGCCGCCUCGGCUGAGGAGGGCACCGCGGCGGCUGCGGCGGCGGCGGCGGCGGCGGGCGGGGGCCCGGACGGCGGCGGCGAAGGGGCGGCCGAGCCCCCCCGGGAGUUACGCUGUAGCGACUGCAUCGUGUGGAACCGGCAGCAGACGUGGCUGUGCGUGGUGCCUCUGUUCAUCGGCUUCAUCGGCCUGGGGCUCAGCCUCAUGCUUCUCAAAUGGAUCGUGGUGGGCUCCGUCAAGGAGUACGUGCCCACCGACCUGGUGGACUCCAAGGGGAUGGGCCAGGACCCCUUCUUCCUCUCCAAGCCCAGCUCUUUCCCCAAGGCCAUGGAGACCACCACCACGACUACUUCCACCACGUCCCCCGCCACCCCCUCCGCCGGGGGCGCCGCCUCCUCCAGGACGCCCAACCGGAUUAGCACCCGCCUGACCACCGUCACUCGGGCGCCCACUCGCUUCCCCGGGCACCGGGUGCCCAUCCGGGCCAGCCCGCGCUCCACCACAGCACGGAACACUGCGGCCCCCCCGACGGUCCUGUCCACCACGGCCGCGUUCUUCAGUAGCAGCACGCCGGGCUCCCGACCCCCGGUGCCAGGAACCCCAAGCACCCAGGCAAUGCCCUCCUGGCCCACUGCGGCAUACGCUACCUCCUCCUACCUUCACGAUUCUACUCCCUCCUGGACCCUGUCUCCGUUUCAGGAUGCUGCCUCGUCUUCUUCCUCCUCUUCCUCGUCCUCUACCACCACGACACCAGAAACUAGCACCAGCCCCAAAUUUCAUACGACGACAUAUUCCACAGAGCGAUCUGAGCACUUCAAACCCUGCCGAGACAAGGACCUUGCAUACUGUCUCAAUGAUGGCGAGUGCUUUGUGAUCGAAACCCUGACCGGAUCGCAUAAACACUGUCGGUGCAAAGAAGGCUACCAAGGAGUCCGUUGUGAUCAAUUUCUGCCGAAAACUGAUUCCAUCUUAUCGGAUCCAAAGAGUGAAGAAGUUUAUCAAAGGCAAGUGCUGUCCAUUUCAUGUAUCGUCUUUGGAAUUGUCAUCGUGGGCAUGUUCUGUGCAGCAUUCUACUUCAAAAGCAAGAAACAAGCUAAACAAAUCCAAGAGCAGCUCAAAGUGCCACAAAAUGGUAAAAGCUACAGUCUCAAAGCAUCCGGCACAAUGGCGAAGUCAGAGAACUUGGUGAAGAGUCAUGUCCAGCUGCAAAAUUAUUCAAAGGUGGAAAGGCAUCCUGUGACUGCAUUGGAGAAAAUGAUGGAGUCAAGUUUUGUCGGCUCCCAGACAUUCCCUGAGGUUUCUUCUCCUGAUAGAGGACGCCAGUCUGUCAAACACCACAGGAGUCUAUCCUCUUGCUGCAGCCCAGGGCAAAGGAGUGGCAUGCUCCAUAGGAAUGCCUUCAGAAGGACACCCCCGUCACCCCGAAGUAGGCUAGGUGGAAUUGUGGGACCAGCAUAUCAACAACUGGAAGAAUCAAGGAUCCCAGACCAGGAAACAGUACCUUGCCAAGGGUAUUCAUCCAGUGGUUUAAAAACCCAACGAAAUACAUCAAUAAAUAUGCAACUGCCUUCAAGAGAGACAAACCCCUAUUUUAAUAGCUUGGAGCAAAAGGACCUGGUGGGCUAUUCAUCCACAAGGGCCAGUUCUGUGCCCAUCAUCCCUUCAGUGGGUCUAGAGGAAACCUGCAUGCAAAUGCCAGGGAUUUCCGAAGUCAAAAGCAUCAAAUGGUGCAAAAACUCCUAUUCAGCUGACGUUGUCAAUGUGAGUAUUCCAGUCAGCGAUUGUCUUAUAGCAGAACAACAAGAAGUGAAAAUAUUGCUAGAAACUGUCCAGGAGCAGAUCCGAAUUCUGACUGAUGCCAGACGGUCAGAAGACUACGAACUGGCCAGCGUAGAAACCGAGGACAGUGCAAGCGAAAACACAGCCUUUCUCCCCCUGAGUCCCACGGCCAAAUCAGAACGAGAGGCACAAUUUGUCUUAAGAAAUGAAAUACAAAGAGACUCUGCAUUGACCAAGUGACUUGAGAUGUAGGAAUCUGUGCAUUCUAUGCUUUGCUCAACAGGAAAGAGAGGAAAUCGAAUACAAAUUAUUUAUAUGCAUUAAUUUAAGAGCAUCUACUUAGAAGAAACCAAAUAGUCUAUCGCCCUCAUAUCAUAGUGUUUUUUAACAAAAUAUUUUUUUAAGGGAAAGAAAUGUUUCAGGAGGGAUAAAGCUUACAAUUAAAGCUUUGGGUAGAAUUCUGAAUCCAAUUUCAGUUAGUCCCACCACUGUCCUCUUUGGCUCUUAGGAGAUGUGGGCAAUUCAGACCCUUGGCCCCACAGCGCCAGUGCCUCAUUCAAAAGCACUGGCAAUUACCUGGUUUCAAAAAGAGGAGCGCUGUAUCCGUAGGUGGAUGCGCCAGUGAGCAGGUGGCCCUUGCCAUUUGGCUUGCCAGUCCCGAGCCCUAAAUUUCUGUUCACCCAAUAGCCUCAUCACAGGUUAUGUCACGUCGACAAAUGCAGUGUUUUCUAUUUGAUUUUUGGAGAAUGGCACAAAAGACUGCGAUGCGAAGGAGGACAGGAGAGAGAAGGAGAAACCGGGGGCCAUCGGAGCUCCUCCUGUGUGCCACCUUCCUCUGAGAUUUGAAUGCACACAUCUCAGCUGGAGGUCUGAAAUUAUUACAGAAAAAGAGACAACAAAAAUUCACUAUGUCAUGUCACUAAAAUCAUGCUAAUAGAAAUGUUUUUCCUUGAGAUUGUUUAGAGGCUCUGGAGGAGCAUUUCACAGUUUUUGUGUGACUGUGUGCACAUGUGUGUGCAAGCGUGUGUGUGUGUGUGUGUGUGGACUUGCUCACGCGAGCACAUAUGCUGUAUGCACAUGUGUUCAUUGUGCGUAUGUGUGUGCAUGUGUGCGCGUAUUACGCUUGCUAAAAUUUGUUCUGAAACAUCAGGGAAUCUAAUAUUCAGAGAAAGUAUUUCCCUCUUAGAUCUGUUCACUUUAAAUUUUUCCAUUAAGUAUAAAGUUCAGUCAGUUCUUAAAUCAAGGUCACUUGCAUGGUGGAGUCCUAUAAAACUCUUGACACUGUCUAGACCAUUUUCUGAUGUGAAUACUUUUGAGAGGAACAACUAUUGGCUCAUUAAUGAUAUCAGUAUCAUCAGGUGAGUUAACCGAGGAUGUGUGUUUAUUUUGAAUCAUACCUACUUAAAUUAUUAACACAAGACAAUUAACAAAUUGACAGUUCCCAUUUGCUUUCUCAUCAUCCUCAUUACUAUUUAUUUUAUAGCAAGUCUACUACGUGUGGACCGAGGCUUCGGCUUCUGUGGUUAGUAUGGGAAGAAUAACUUGUUGAAAUCAAAAAACCCAGACUAUUCAGUUCACAAGAAGCCCCCAAAAGAACAGUAAAUUGUGUUGUAUGUUCAUUUGGAAUAAAGCAAUAUUUUUACCACUGCUAAGG